GUUACUGCCCCUCACUGCCCCUUGCCAUCCUCUCCGUCCUGUGCCAAUUCCAGUCAAUUCCGCAGUUCGGCAACUGUUGGCAACUGUCGUCUGAGCUCGCAACGAGAGAAGAAAAAGUUUCGUCGUCCUAUCAACGGAUAGAGAAAAUGUCCAUCUGCAAAGGGCCACGUCAGUAAAUGCCCGCCCAAUUGCGUCAGAUUUUCGGAGCAGCGAGGAACCGAGGGACACCCGCAGUAAGUGACACUCCCGUUUUCGAGCUGGUCGAGCAUUCCGAGUUGCGUCGCUAAAGAGCGAACUUUUCGCCUUAUGCUCGUGCCAAAACGGAGAUCGGCGAUGUCGAGGAAGCGUCGUUCUAACCUAACCGAUGAGAGCUCAUCCGAGGAAGAGAGUCAGGCGAGUCCCUUGUCGAACUUUGAAUCGUCAAAGGAUGCGAUGAGUACCCGUAAACGAAAAGAGAGUGCGAAUUCCAACUACUCGGAUGAAGUGCGGGUUGGCCGGAGGGGCCGCGGCCCCUCGAAGAGGCCCUGUUUGAACAGGAACGCGCUAAUGGCUAGGGAGAACAGACAGAGAAAAAAGGAGUAUCUUCAGAAGAUCGAGAACAAGUUGUCAUUUUACCAGCAGGAGAACAAAAAUCUUAACGCUGUAAUCCAGAAGCAGGGGAUCGAUGUCAAACGGCUCAACGGAGAGGUCGCCUACCUGCGAAGUGUCCUCAAAAACAAUACGAGCAUCACGGCUCUGCUUCAGUCGAUGAACGACGGGCUCAGUCGGAUCUGUCAGCAGAGGACAAAGGAGCAACAGAGUUCUAACAACAGAGAAAGUCUCAAAGAUGGGCAAGAUAUGAGAGCCGAGCUUGGCGCAUGGGAACAGUUAAAUGAUACCAAAAAUGAUGGUCUGGACAAAGGAGAUGUCUUAGGGAAUUGUUUUCGGAAGAACGACCGUGAAGCGAUAAUAGAAAAUAGUUAUAACACCAAAACAAUGACAAAUGCUUGGUCCACAUUGAAAAACCAGCAUCCCAUUGCUGGGAAAACAGCACAUCCAUUCUUAAAGUCGGAUCAUACGUACACAAAUCCUAAGGAAAAUGAGAACGCAAUCGAUUCAAAGUACCAAAUCUGUCCAGACAGUAAUGAUGCCAAAAACUUCGAGCACUUACUUCCAAUCACGCCAAGCAGUCUAACAAAUUCUGAUGAGAAAGUCGACGUCAAUUUUUCGGACGUCGAACUGAGCAAUCUGUCCACAUUGGGCAUAGAUGUGUUAGAUGACUUUAGAUUGAACACCGGAUUGGCUAUGCUCGAACAGCCUGAAAGUUCCGACGGCUUUCGGGAAAAUUUCUUUGAGAAGAUCGACGACGCUGGAAUCUGUCUUCAUGUUAACUCAGGGAAGGUCUCGCUGGAAUUUUGUUCCAUAUGUCAUCUGAACAGCCUGAAUUCUGAAGCAGAGUGAAGGAAGAGGAAACAAUGGUUUGGCAUUACCUUUGGCGAAGAAGAAAUCUCUGAUGCAGGAAGAAGAAGAGGAUUCCAUUACUUGGAGCUUAGUAAUGUUAACAUGCUCCCAUUUAUUGGGAGCUAUAAAGAAUGGUCGGUAUAGAGCCUUUCAGAUAGGUUUAAGUGGUACAACAUUGACAUGGCAAAGGUCAAUCUCCAGACUUUGGUAAUGCCAACUCGGUUUCUAUGGUUUUAUAUUCCAUUGGGUUUACUCACGACCACAUUUUCUUAGCCAUUUUAUUUUUCUACUACGCUGCCACAAAGCAUCAGUAUAUACUACCAAUACCAUCAUAAUUCAAUUUCAAUUUCAAUGAUUUAUUGUCAUAUUAUAUUGUAAAAUAGUCACCAUUAGAUGUAAGUUUUAUAAGAAAGAAUCAUCGCGUGUAAAGAUGUCAUGCAGCUGGUGCUUGAUAUUUGAUGCGUUGUAUGUAGGUUAACUGUAUAUAUACAUAUAACUGUCAGUAUUAACUAUCCUCCGAGAUUGUUUAAAGUGUUUCCUUUUUGCAGGAUGACGGCACGAUGGAAUCAAAGCAGUUAUCAGGGAAUUGUUGCAAAAGUUUUUAUGUAAUCGGUCGAGAGAUUCCGGAGCUGUGAUCGUCCUUAUUGCUUAUCAAACGUGUCGCAUCCUGCACAGGUUGAGUAUGAACGUAUCACCAAGUUUCCACAAUUCUCUACAAGCUUCGAACUUGACACCAAGUAAUUUUCCAAAACCGAGCAGACAUCAAAAUUAUUAAUAAAAAGAAAAUAUCAAUCCUAUGAAAUUGUUAACAUUUCCUUCAGUGGACAUGGUUCUUUAUUUUGAUGAUAAUGUUUUAGAAACAUUUAUGUUUUGAUUCAGAGUUUGCUUCAGUAAAUUUUACUUCAACGUUGAAAACUUGUAUUGGUUUUUGUAAACUUAAAUACAUCAGUAUCCCAGUAGGAUUUAAGGGUUAGAAUGAUUUCGUAAAUCAAUUUAAUUGAAACAAUUGGAAAAGAUGAGGUUACGAGUAAAUGUCAAGUGGCUUAUCCUUGUUCAAUAGUCUCUUAAUGAUUGUUUGGUGUGCUUAUAUUUAUUAGUAAAUUCUUGAAGCUACUGAAAACGUACAAAAUGACGGCCGCGGUCUCAUCAUUUGGUUAUUUAAGUUUCAGCUGCAUCCAGGGAGUGCACACCGUGGAACACAGGGAGUCUCUCCGAUCAUCUCUCUUCGCCUUGGGUAAUUUAAUUCUUGAAAUUGGAGAUUCCCUUUAACUUCAUGGACAACGGUGUCGCAGUAAGAUUUGCCUAAUACACUUUUAGUUACUCUCUUUGGAGGCAGCACCUUAUGGCAGAGCUAAUUUGGUAUCGCAAGCUUUUGGAGAAGCUAAUUUUGGGAAACACAAUGGGAUGAUCUCGGAGGAUGUUAAUGGCAGUUCUUAAAUAACAAUAGCCUAAGAAAAUGUCAAAACACUAUUUGUAUGAAUUAUAGACAAAGUAAUUGACAAAAACCUAUUAGUUCAUUUUGUUGAACUCUGAUAACUAUUUAGUUAUAUAAAUGCAAGAAGCAUUGUUGCAACUUGCCAGGACAUAGUUCAGACAUAUUAUAUAUGUAAGACUGGAAAAAUAAAACCCAUGUAUUUGUUUUGA